AUGGAUAAGGAACCUCCGUUUCUAUAUGAACACGCAGUGCCAGACUAUCGAUUUAGUAAGAGAAAACCUCCAACAUUGACAAUCAUGUCUUCCUCGACAAUUUCGCGGCAGGUGUUGAUCUGUCUGUGCAAAUCUGAUUUAAUUUUGCCAUUUUAUUUUCGUGAGAUCUUGGCUCUACUGUCACAAUAUGCCGACGCCAGAAGAUCCCAGUACUUGGACACCAUUUUAGCGUCUUUGCAACGUCUCGAGAAUAUGCUUAUCAAGCAAGCUGAACAAAAUACAUUGAAUUGCCUUGUACCUGCCGAAAAGCUAUUCAAUAUCCUGUUUUCGGAUCAUCUCCAGACAUCUAGUAACGAAAGCAAUGAGGUAUUGAUGCAACAUAUAAAAAAUACAUUGCAGACAAGUCCCCGAAAACCUUAUGCAAUGAAUUCCGUAAUUCUUCGAAGAUUGGAUCUUCAAAAUGAACUUGAGGAAAUCGCAGCGCCGACAAGGCAUCGAAGAAAAAGCAAAAAUCGCAACGAGAAUACUAAUGUGAACACUAACUUAAACACGAAUAUCAAUGCUAAUCGAUAUAAAGGCAAGAGCAGACGUGUUUUUGACGAUAUCAGGACAAAUAAUAAAAAUACGAAUGUGAAUUUUAACACAAAUACCAACAAAAAUAUCAACAGAGAUGAUAUAUUUGAUGUCAGCGACGAAGUUGAUGAUGAAGUUUAAAUGCAGACAAACUUUUAUUCAAAAGAAAAAGGAAAUUGCAAAGCAUAUCUAAAAAUCAUUACGCUUAAUUAUAAUUUCUGUAAAACUAUAUGUCGCAAUAAUAAAAUAAUAUAAGUAACCAUAUUCAUAGUUCUAAAAAAUAAAUUUAUGAAGCUAAAGUAAACAAAGCCACAUCAAUUGUAUCUACAUAUUUUUCUUUUUAAUUGUAUAGUCUAUAUAUUACAGCAUACAUAAUGACAAUUGAAGAAUCAUCUAUAAACAUAAAUCACCUACAAGUUAUAAAAUAUUAUUCAAUUUGUUAAUCAUCUAAACUGCUCAUUUUUCUUUGUUUUUCAUUUCCCUCGUGUUAUGAAACUUUCAUACAAUUUGAGUUUAAGCGACAGUUCAAUAUAUAUACUAUUACAAUACGAAAUAAUAUUCAUGUUUGCAAAUGUCUUUUAACAUAAAACGUAUAUAAUUAACAUGCAAAUAUAUAAUGCAG